AUGUCUGCAACUACACAUGCUGUGAACCCUACUGGGGGUGAAAGGAUGGGAACACAACAAAUGGAAGGCCAACAACAGUCAACCAUGCAAGCGGAUGGAUCGCCUCUGCUAAGAAACCCUUUUACUGGACGCUCUCCUUCAGCCGACUCCGGUGUUAUCGAUGAAUCUCAUUUUCAAGGUGAAUCUCGCCGCUCCGAAUCUCUACCGGGCGCAUCGUCUCCUCCCGUUAGAGAUAGGCGCAUGAGCAAAGAAUGGGAUGCUUCCAAAGUGCCUCCCUCACGCUUUCAGAAGAGAGAGGGCAGCAUUUUCUCAACUUCCAGUUCACGAGAUAGUCACAUAACGCGGCGGGAUCGUGAUGCGUCCUACCACGCCAAAUUGAAGGAGAAGGGCUGGUAG